CUGUACCUCGAGGCUCGAACUAGUCCAGUGUGACGGGUCAUCACUAUCAUACUUUUACUCCGGGAAUGGAUAAUCACAGCAUAUAAAUCAAGGAGAAGGAAGCGUUACUGAUCAGCUGCAACCAAUCACCUAUGAAGGGGGGCAUCUUUGGCUCUUCGCAUGGGUUAUAAAGGCCGUUGUCCUAUCAGCGAAGCCUGCACUGCCUCUGGUUUCGGUCCCUUAAAGAUGUUCAUUGUACAAAGCCCGCUCAGAACAGUUAAUCGGUUAUGGCUCACAUACGGAAGCGUAGUCAAGACUCUAGUUCUUCAGGCAAUGCGGACAUCAAGUGCACGUCCAUCGACUCGUAAACUAUCCUCAUCGGGGUCAAAAUCGUUUCUACGGCGCUUGUCCGACGCCUUUAGCUCAUCUUCCGCUGAAUCUUCCUCGGACGCUCCGUCCGCCCUCGCCCAGCAACGCAGAGAAGAAGCUCUUCGUGAAAGGGGGCUACUACCACCUCCGACGGCAGAGAAUCCACUCGACUCUCCACCUUCCUUAGAAUGGGACGCUACAGCGCUCUUUGAAGAAGUUCGUUUAGCGAGUAGCAAAGGGCCAUCUCAGCAAGGUCUUACGGCUGCCGAAAUUAUCAAAAAGCAGUGGGAGCAAACCAAAAGCGAGGCUGGCCCGUCAAUACUUCGCCAAAGCCGGUUCAUCGAGCACAUCCCUGCCAAAGACGACUCGCCACCUGGAAUCCGUACCUCGUCCCCCGAGGUAUCGAUCCAAAGAUCCAGCACCAGGCGACCAUCGACUUCACUCUCCGUGUCUCCUAGGAAACCCCGGCCUCUUGGGCCUCGGAAUCGUAGCGAUACGAAGUCGUCGUCAUCAUCAUCGUCGUCGUCGUCUUUCCCACCACCUCUGCCCAAGGGAGCAAGUCCCCCUGUAGCAUUUGUCACUCGAUCUGUACCCCCAACUCCAACUCAUUCGACCUCUAUAUCCCAGCGGUCACGCAACAAGGGCUUACCUCCUAUCGAUGUCGACUGGGAGCGCCAGACUAACGAUCCUGUCGCUGAUCCGGUACCUCGUACAAGGAAACCGAUUCAAGUGACUAUACAUAAUCGUGCAAGCCUCGUCAUUGAGGCUGGUCAGAUAACGGAUAUCGAGAGUCGAAGGGUAACAGAGAUGGCAUUUUUGGAUCCAUUGUAAACAAUUCACAUUUUUAUUCGCUGUAUCAGUUCAUUAUG